CUGCGAUCUAUCUGUCCCAUUUUCCCACCCGACCCGAAAACAGUAUUAUUCAUCUCGAUAACUGAGAUCCAAUAUCCCCUCUCUCUUUUCCUUCAUCUCUCAUUUGAAUACCUUUGUAGUCUCAUAGUAUGGGACGCCGUCUUCUUUUUGUCCAUCGUCCUCUUAAGAAGGCGACCGCUUGAUCAUAUUGCUAGUAUUCCUCUGCUCUACCUCGUAGCUAGCAAACGGCCCACUUAGCUAUACAGGCGCCAAGGAAGCCUCGCAAAGAUCAAAACCUUCAAGUUCUUGAACCCGCAUACAGUCUCUACUAUAAUUUUCACUCCCUGCGCGUUUCACUCAUCUCAUCGCCACCAUGGACCCUCUCCUGACCGCUGAGUUGGCCAGGUGCGAUGACGGCGUCCCCUUCAACCCCAAGUUGCACCAUGCUCACAGCACAUGGGCUAAGACAUUCCUAUCCCGGCCGGAUCUCUACUUUCAGCCUGAGUCCCUAGAAGAGAUAGAGAAAAUUGUGAAGUUGGCCCAUAGAUGCCACCGUCGCAUCACGACUACUGGCUCUGGUCAUUCUCCUAGCUCCUUGACUUGUACCUCAUCUUGGCUUGUGAACCUCGACAAGUAUAACCGCAUUCUAUCCCUCGACGAGAGCACCGGCGUCGUAGUUAUGCAAGCAGGGAUUCGUCUUUACCAACUUUGCGAUGAACUAGCAAAGUACGGCCUUGCCAUGCCUAACCUUGGAAGCAUUAAUGAACAAUCCAUCGCUGGCGCCAUAUCUACCGGCACUCACGGCUCUAGUCUCCGUCACGGUACCAUGUCAACAAGGAUUCUGUCAUUGCGAAUCACUACUGCCGAUGGAGUUUCACGGUUCUGUUCCCCUGACGAGGACCCUGAUCUCUUUCGUGCCGCUGUACUGUCUCUCGGCGCAUUAGGGAUUAUCACUGAAAUUACUUUUCAAGCUGUCCCCGAAUUCACCCUGAAGUGGCAGCAAGUUAUUGAUGAUGAUACCAAAAUGAUGAAUUCCUGGAAUGAGGACCUCUGGACUCAGACCGAAUUCGUUCGUGUCUGGUGGUACCCUUACACACGAAGAGCAGUCAUUUGGUCUGCGGAGAAGACCUCUGAACAACCUGUCGACCCCCCGAGCUCUUACUACGGUGGUGCGCUUGGCUAUUAUGUUUAUCAUAACCUACUCUAUGCUGCCCAGUAUAUUCCCCGCAUUCUUCCGUGGGUCGAGUGGUUUGUAUUCGGCAUGGAGUAUGGUUUUGCAAACGGCUCAAAGUCCCAAGCGAUCCAACCCAGCCGCCAGGCGUUACUUAUGAAUUGUCUGUAUUCCCAGUUCGUGAAUGAGUGGGCAAUUCCCCUCCACAAAGGCCCCGAAGCUCUGCGGAGACUUAGUAGUUGGUUGAAUCAACUGCCACCAACCGACCCGGACUACGUGCCACACAACAUACCAUUUUCCGCCAAGGACUUGUGGGUGCAUGCCCCAGUCGAGGUACGAGUUUCGGAUAACUCUUCAGUCCCUCUAAAUAACCGGCCUCUUCUCGAUCAGACGGUUGAAGAUGGUCCGACCCUAUACCUCAACGCGACACUCUACCGACCUUACCAUCACGACCCACCAUGUCAUGCUCGUUAUUAUGAGGCAUUCGAGUGGCUAAUGCGAGAUUUGGGUGGACGUCCUCACUGGGCAAAGAAUUUCCAGACAACGGGCGAGGACCUCGAGAAUAUGUACGGUGACAAAAUCCAACAAUGGCGAAAAGUUCGGGAGAGAGCUGACCCUAAUGGUGUAUUUGUUGGGCCUUGGCACCGUCAGAAUGUCCUAGGAAGUGGAAACACACUCUUACAUGAGGAGGUUGACAGUGGCUCAGUAAAAGUAUCUGAUAAGAUAGUGCUCUUUAGCGGCACUGUUUCAACGGAAAACAAUGUUUUGAGGAAAUAGUAGGCUCAAGCUUUAUAAACGUGGCAGGCAAGCUAGAUUUUCACAUCUAAUAUUGUACACGUCUUCUUCUUCAUUCCUAAGUCUGAUAUGGUUGUAAAGACUGAAUGUCAGUGAAACAGUACUCUUUGCCCAUUAUUAGAGCUAGAAGGUCUGGUCAUGAAAUAGCCGAAACUCAGCCAACUACACAAGGGGUCUCUGUACUGGGCAAGGUGCACAGAGUGAGUUCACGUAUGAGGGCAUCUCUAGGACAACAACGCAAACAACAUAAUUUCAC